GUUAAUUAGAAAAACAAAAAAAUAAUAAUAAAGAAUUGAACCGGCCCGACCCGAGACCAGCCGGGCCCCGUGAAAUCCCGUGAAAUGUAAAUUUUUUGAUUGAGUAGUUUUUUGAUACAAAGUGCAAUUUUUUAACAUUGAAUAUAUUACUUUCUUGAUAUUUACAUUUCGGCACUAUAUAUUUUCCUAAUGUCACAUUUUUAUCUAAAAGUCUGUCAAAUCAACUUUGUCAUUAAGGCUAUGUUUGGCACACAAAAGCCUCUAGCUUCUAGCUUCUCUAUUCUUUAAAAAGACGUUAAAAGACUCUAGUUGCAUGUUUGGCAUGACAUUUUUUAAGAGCUUUUCAAAAAUUAAAAGAUCUUUUUUGAGAUGCUACCGGGUGUAGCAUCUGAGAAAAGCUCGUGACUUUUAGUAUUAAUUAGUCCUAACACCUUGUAUACCAAACCAAACUAAAUCAAACAGUCGGCUUUUUACCGAACAGCUAUCAACUUUUCUUUUUAAGAUCUUUUCAGUCACUAAAAGCUAACAGUUACUAACACUACAACAUUUUAGAGCUACAGCAACACCAAUUUUUUCAAACUCAUAAAAUUGUUGCUUUAUGUUAUGAUUGGCUACAUUUUUUAAGAAUGUUACUGAAUUAGAUAAUUUUUUAUGUUUUUAUAGUGGGCAACGGGUUUUACUUUUUGAUGCCGUUUCCACACUUAAAAACUGUAGCCGUUUAGGCAUAAAAAAAACUGUUCCGUUUAUAAUGACUUUAUAAUCGAUUUUUAUUCAUAUCCUCUUCUCCCGUCAUAUGUCUCUUAAAACCUAAAUCCGCCAUAUCGAGCUUCCCCACAUUGUUGCCGCCGCCGCUCGGGCUCAAACGCUUAUCGGCGUCUCCAGUCGCCUGACGCAUCUGAGCGCCUUCAGUGACUCUAGACGCUCCUCCACGCUGUUCGAGAGGCUGUGGCGGUGCGGCGAUUCCAGAGGAAGUGUGAGCAACUCCACCACUCCCAUUUCGAGUUCCCUGAGUUCCUUCCGCAGCUUUGUGUACCUUCUCGACAUUGCCGAUUAAUUUUUUAUGAUGAAUCACUCAAUCAGAUAGCUUGUGAAAUGAAGGCGGUUCGCUUCUCAUCAGAUAGACGACUGAGGAUUCAGUUCGCUUCUCACCAGUUUGUGGAGUUCGAUUUUCCAGGGAAAUGAAUCAUGUCACUAGUUUUGGUCUUGAUUUUCAAGCUAAGUCUAGUGGUGAACUACUUCAAGAGUAUAAACUUAAGGUAGAAAAUGUAAUAGCUUUCGGGAAAAACAAGGAAGGUGCUUCACAUCAAGAGCUACAGAAACAUUUCACGUUUAAUCAAGAAAACGCUCAGCUGAAGGAGUUUAAGUUAUUAACACUAAAGGAGGUGCUUCAAAUAUUACUCAGCAAGAGGGAAAUGUUAUAGGUUUCGGAGAGUGUCUGUAAUAAUCUAAAGAAGCAAGAACCUGAUUGGAUUCUCAAAAUUGAUAUUGUAGAAGGAGAUAGUUGCAGGAAAAUGAACCAAGUGGCUGGUAUUGGUCCUGAUUUUCCAGAUAAGUCUAGUGCUGAACUACUUCGUAAGUAUAAGCUUAAGGCAGAAAAUGUCACUGCUUUCAGAAAAAAUAAGCAAAGUGCUUCACAUCAAGAAUUACAGAAACAUUUUACGUCUAGUCCAACAAAAACUCAGGUUAUUAAUACUAAAGGAGCUGCCUCAAGUUUGUCUCAAGAAGGAAAAGUUUCAGAUUUUAGAAAAAACAAAGGAAGUGCUUUAAGUAAAAAAUCACAGAGAUGUGUUCCCUUUAAGAUUAUUAGCAACAUUGGAGGUGUUUCAAAUCUAAGUCAGCAAGGUAUGAAUCUGAAUGGUGCAAGUAUUCAAAAGUCAAUGCAAAAGGUGAACCAUAUGAAAAGACCUCAACCGGGAUCUAUUUCAAUCCAACAUAAAAAGAAAAAUCAGAGUAAGGAAUUCUUGAGCAAUAGAGUUGAAGUCGAUAAAACAGACUUAAUUGAAGUUUCUUUUAAAAAGAAUAUUGCUAAAUACACGACCAACACGCCUAAGCGACAACAAAGGCCUAUACUAACAGAAGAGGUACAGGAAACACCGGAAGAGCAAUGCUUUAAGAAGAAAAAGGCUGAUCCAAAAUGUCCUGUGAUGUCACUAGAUGAGUUUAUUGAUAAGAAUAAGAAACAAAUUGAGCUUGAUGAAUCAGGAUCUGAAUAUGGGGAAGAUAUUGAUAUGAACUUGGAAUUUGAAGGGGACAUGAACCAUGACAGUGAAGGCAUUGAGGAAAAUGCACAUACAAGUGCAAAAUCAAUAAGAAAACGUGGAAAGACAUUGUGUCUAAAGGUUCAUGCACGAGGGCUCGAAGAUAGAAAGGAUAUCAUUUUAAAUGUAGAAGGGCAACCUAUUGGUCCAGAUGAACAAACCCUUUCUGAACUGAGCAGUUUUUUGGGAACAAUAGCAAGAAGUUCAGAUUUGUGUCCUCUUAUUUAUACUAAUUGGAAGGCUGUCGACAAAGGCCCUAUAUGGGCUUAUGUUAAUAAAAAAUACCAUAUUCAAGACAAAGGGAAAAAAUAUGUGUAUGCUGUUAUUAAUGAUGCUUGGAGGCGGCAUAAAUUCUCCAUCAAGAGGGAUCAUUUUACUAAGUACAAACGCUUGCGUGAUCGUCUGAAAAACCGUCCUAAGGAGAUACCAGAAGAACAUUUCAAAGCAUUGAUAGAGUAUUGGAAGCUAGACACAGUAAAGGAAAUUAGUCAUCGAAAUGCAAAAAGUACAGCUCAACAAAAAUGGAGGCAUCGAGUUGGUCCGAUAAGCUUUGCUCGGAUAAGGGAAAGAUUGCGUGCAAAAAAGCAGAACAAAGAGUCUCCUACUCGAGCUGAAGUGUUUAUUGAAACUCGACAACCUAAGAAAGGAAAAAAAUUGGAUCCUGAAACAGAUGGUGCAAUUAUAAAGCUUCAAGAUUUGAUGGUAAAUUCUGAAAAGUCUUCGGAAGAAGCAUUUCAGAGUGUGUUUGGAAAUGAGAAACCAGGGAGAGUGCGAUGCCAUGGAAGAACUACAACACGUUCUCUCUUGAAAAAAAAGGAAGAAUUGGCGGAAAUAGAAAAAAGGCAUGCCAGUGAGGUCAAACUUUUAAAUGAUAAAAUUCAAGAGUUGGAGGAAAAAUGUGCAAGACAAAUGGCAGCAACAGAGGAAAAAAAUCGGCAGGAGAUGACAUCAAUGGAGCAAAAAUUUCAGUUUAUUCUAACCAUGUUAAAUCCUAACAAGUGUGAAAUUGAUUUAGAUUCCUUUGCAGCUUUUCUAUCAAGAACGACGGGCAUUAACAAUGGUUUGCGUUCUUCUACAUCAACUCAUGCUCCGUGUAAUAAUGAAAUGGAUGAUGGCAUUGAUGAAGAAAGUGAAGAUGAAGAUGAAAACAAUGAUGCUUGAAUGUGAUUUGAUGAAAUUUUAUUUCCAUAUGUUGUUUUCAUUUUAAGUUCGGAGUUAAGACAUUACUAUUGUGAUGAUUUACACUUUAAAGACAAUGGAUCAUGGAUGUUGAUUAAUAGGGUAUUGUUGAACCAUGAUUUGUGAAUGAUUAUUGUUGAAAUGAAAUUCUACCUUUUCC